AUGUCAACCAAAACCAGAAGACCAGUAAUGAUGUCCACUCCCCCUCCCAAAUCUAAGAAAACGUAUGGGGAGGCUGAGAAAAGAAGUCUGUUGGAAAAUUUCGACUUGGAAGUGGCGGACAAAACUAGAGCUUUUCGUUCACAUCUCCAAGCUACCCUUUCUUCUUUCCUCAUUCGACAAGAAACUGAAAUAUUCAAAAUCCCUCGAGAGUUGAGAAAUAUGACAUUGGGGGAAUUAUCUACGAAAUGGGCUGGAGGAUGGGCGAGUACUACUCAACGGAUUGCCAGGGAGAAGAUCGAGGAAGCUGAACGGGAGAGGGAAAGGGAAGAAGCUGCUCAAAAAGCUGAAAGGGAAGGUGCGAAGAGGAAAAGAGGGACUGUAGGGACCCCAGAUGCAACACCAGAGAGAAAAGUCAAGUCAAGAAAAGAUCAGGGACAAGUUGCUGGUAAGAGGAAACCGGGGAAAACGAAGAAACCUUCUGCACCGUCGACUCACAGUAGUCAAGGGCCAAGUUCUUUACCCCAAGAUCAUAUCUUCAACCCAUCCUUACCCCCUACACCAAGAUUACCAAGAUUACCAAAAAGAAACGAAUCUCUCCUUUCAAUCAAUGGUUCUCCACUUGCUAAUCCCAUCUCUCCUUCCACCUCUCUCUCUACUUCAGAAUCAGGACUGGACUUACCCGAUCCGGCCGAGAUGGAACGUAAAGCAUUAUCCAAAUCUCAAGCGAACAGAUCACCUAAAUCAAAGUCUUCUAAAAAGAAACGUGCCCCCAGUCUUAUUUUUCGUCCGUCACUCGCUGUACCUUCAAGAGAUACCAAUGAUACGAAUAAGGAUGGGGCAGAGGUGAGAUUAGCACAUAUCGGUUUGAGCGAUGGGAGAACUCUAAGGGGGUUUGGGGGAGGAAGAGAAAGUUAA